AUGCAGCGCGGUCCCUCUGGAUAUGGCCUCAAUGGCCCUCCGCAGUACGGCGGCCCUUCCAACGCCGAAGAAUCCAAUGGCAACAUCCUCGACCAGAUUCGCCCCUAUACCAGCAAGGUUGAGGAUAUGCUCGACACCCUGAGCGAGCCCAUCAAGCCUUACCUGCCCGCCAUUGGCCGAUUCCUGAUUGUCGUCACUUUCCUGGAAGAUGCCCUUCGUAUCAUCAUGCAGUGGAGCGACCAGCUUCUCUACCUUCACGACUACCGACAUAUUCCCAGUGGUAUCACCCAUAUUUUCCUUCUCGCCAACGUCGCCGCCAUGGUCGCAUGCUCCACCCUCAUCAUCGCCCGAAAGCAAUCUGACUACGCCGUCGCCGGUCUCAUGGGUGUCGUCAUCACCCAAGCUCUCGGCUAUGGUUUGAUUUUCGAUCUCAACUUUUUCCUCCGAAACCUGUCCGUCAUUGGCGGCCUUCUCAUGGUUCUCUCCGACUCGUGGGUGCGCAAGACCAAGGCUUUCGCGGGACUGCCCACGCUCGACGAGAAGGACCGCAAGAUGUACUUCCAGCUUGCCGGCCGUGUUCUACUCAUCUUCCUCUUCAUUGGAUUUGUCUUUACUGGCCAAUGGUCCAUUUGGCGCGUUCUGGUGUCUCUCCUCGGAGCCGGCGCUUGCGUCAUGGUUGUUGUCGGCUUCAAGGCCAAGUUCAGCGCCACGCUUCUCGUUGUCAUUCUGAGCAUCUUUAACCUGUUUGUCAACAACUUCUGGACCCUCCACGAGCACCACCCACACAAGGACUUUGCCAAGUACGAUUUCUUCCAGAUCCUCUCCAUCGUUGGUGGUCUGCUCCUGCUGGUCAACAGUGGCCCUGGUCAGUUCAGUAUUGAUGAGAAGAAGAAGGUCUACUAG